GGCUCCCAGCUCCGCUUCCACGGCGGCCCCGGCGGACGCGCCGAGCGGCCCUGCGCCGCUGCCCGAGCCCGGAGCGGACGGCGGCAUGAGGCACCUGCCGUACUUCUGCCGCGGACAGGUGGUGCGGGGCUUCGGCCGCGGCUCCAAGCAGCUGGGCAUCCCCACAGCCAACUUCCCUGAGCACGUGGUGGACAGCCUUCCGGCCGACCUCUCCACCGGCAUCUAUUACGGCUGGGCCAGCGUCGGGAGCGGAGACGUCCAUAAGAUGGUGGUGAGCAUCGGAUGGAACCCGUACUACAAGAAUGUCAAGAAGUCCAUGGAGACCCACAUCAUGCAUACCUUCAAAGAGGACUUUUACGGGGAAAUCGUCAACGUGGCUAUUGUUGGCUACCUUAGACCAGAAAAAAACUUUGACUCUUUAGAGGCACUUAUUUCAGCAAUUCAAGGUGAUAUUGAGGAAGCUAAGAAACAACUUGAUUUACCAGAACAUUUGAAACUCAAAGACGAUAAUUUCUUCCAGGAUCCUAAAAACAAAAUAAUGAAUGGCCACUGAGAACAAAAUCACUGUAUUUCUUCAUUCGCUGUCUUCUAGCAUGUCACUGUUAGCAACUGCGCAGUGUCCUCUAGGUUAUAUUGCAGGAAUCAAACAUUUUCCUAAAGCUGUGCGUUCAGCAGUACACUGUUUAAAUUAGACCCAUCAUGCUUAGCGCUGGAAAGAUUCACUUAAAAAUCAAGGUUCUUUUUUUUAUGUAAUACUUUGAUUAAAAUGUAGCACCAGAAAGAUACGAAGUGUCUUACGGUGGGAAUGGAAUGUGGGUGGCUCUGGGUAAAAAGCGUGUCACCAGUGUAAGAUGAUCACUGCUUCGUGCGGG